UCUCUUAACCAUCUCUCUCUCACCAAACUCUCUCUCUCUACAUUGUGUCAAACGGCGAAACGAUGAAGGCUUCUCUCAAAGGCAAGUACGAUGCCGAGAAAUCCACCGGAGUUGGUUCCCUUGCCUUCAACGCCGGCGACCUUAAGCUACGCGCCACCAUGACCGAUGCUACUCUCGUCUCUGGCCCUACCUUAAACGGCCUCUCUCUCUCCGUCGAGAAGCCUGGUUUCUUCAUCUUCGACUAUAACGUCCCUAAGAAAGAUUUUAGGUUUCAGUUCAUGAACUCAGUAAGGAUUGGUGAGAAACCAUUGAAUCUGACUUACAUUCAUAGCAGAGGAGAUAACAGGACGAUCCUCGAUGGGAGCCUUUUGAUUGACUCUGCAAACAAACUCUCUGCUAAUUACAUGGUUGGCACGAACAACUGUAAGCUUAAGUAUACUUAUAACCAUGGAGGUAUAGCUACGUUCGAGCCGUGCUACGAUUUGGCGAAAAACACUUGGGAUUUCGCGGUUUCUAGGAGAGUUUAUGGCGGCGAUGUUGUCAAGGCAACUUAUCAGACAUCUAGUAAGUUGCUUGGUAUGGAAUGGUCAAGGAACUCGAAAUCUACUGGAUCUAUCAAGGUAUGUGUGUCUGUGAAUCUUGCAGAGGAAGUAAAAACGCCGAAAUUAACUGCGGAGUCAACUUGGAACCUUGAAAUUUAAUUUUCACUUUUUUAACAAAGUCUCGAUUUCAAUCGUUUAAGUGUUGCAACCGAUUUGACUAUGCGUCUAUAUUACAUGCAAUUUGACUA